CCAGUAAUUGCAUAGAGACGAAAGAGACCAUGAAAGCAAAAGUUCAAUGCUCACGGAAAUAAAGUAAGCCAGUCCAGAGUCCCGUAAAGUCCGGUCCAUGUUUUCCAUCCAGUCAUAGGUAGGCAAGAAGCGCACCACUCGUUGUAACUUCUAAAUGAAUGUUGGAAAUGAAGAAACAAAUCAUCUGCACAUGUCGACUAAAAGCUAAAACCGUGGAUUAACAUAGACGGACGCGAAACUUCACAGACCUUUCAUGAAGGACUUACUUGUACGCCAUCUUUGCAGGUCGCCAUCAUGUGUUUCUGCGUCAGCCAGAUGCAACAACAGCCUGCGCAGCAUCACCAGUCUUGGCCAGAAGUCCUUUUUUGCCAACUUCUGUCUACACCAGAAGCCCUGAAAUGCUGAGCAUUGCUCCCAGAGGCUACAUUGACAUCAGGCCAAAGUCAGAUGGGUUUGGAGACUGGCAAGUGACCUUUUUGAGAUCAUGUUGGAUUGGAUUCAGCCUCAUUGUGUACGGCCGGAUACACUCAAGGAUUGGACAGAACAGUGAUGGCUCCACCCUGAGAGAGAGAGAGUGAGCCUCCUGCAGCCAGACUCACCUGAGAGAUCUCAGUCGUACCAUCAGGGUCCAAAGCUGGCUGUGCAACACGAGAGAAGACCUGCUGAACAACAGAGACAGAUCUGUGCUACGACUCCUGUGCAGAGGACACCAUGGCCUCCACCCUCUCUGUGCGCAGCUACUCGGUCCGUCAGCCGUCCUUCUCCAGCAUCUCCGUGAGGGACAGUGGACGCAGCAUCCGCUCCAAAACUCAGGUCCCCAUCAGCACACUGCCGCUGUCCCGCUCUGUCUCCAUGGGAAAUGGCCUGAACAUGCUGGGUUCCAAUCUCUCCUUCAACGGGCUCGGUGUGGGCGCCAGCGAAAAGGAGACCAUGCAGUGCUUGAACGACCGGCUGGCCAACUACCUGGACAAGGUGCGUUCGCUGGAGAGAUCCAACGCCGAGCUGGAGGUGAAGAUCAAGCAGCUGAUGAUGGAGAGGGCUCCCAAAGGACACGACAUUGAAGGGUUGAUGGCUCAGGCACAUGCUAUCGGACAGGAGGUGAGAAAGAAGACUCUGGAGAACGCACGCCUCAUGCUGGAGAUCGAUAAUGCCAAGCUGGCGGCCGACGACUUCAGGGUCAAAUGGGAAGCAGAAGCCACCUUGUGUCAAUCAGUGGAGAGAGACUGUCAGGCUCUGAGGAGAGCCAAGUCCGACCACGAUCAGAUCAUCGCCACUCUGCGAGGAGACCUGGACAGCCUGAAGGAGGAGCUCUACUUCCUCAAGAAGAAUCACGACGAGGAAAUGAACGCUCUGAAAUCCCGUCUGGCCAACGAGCAGGUGAAUGUGGAGGUGGACGCUGCUCAGGGUCCAGAUUUAGGGGCCAUCAUGGCUGAGCUGAGGGUCCAGUAUGAGGGAAUCGCUCGCAAAAACAAGGAGGAGGCCGAGACCUGGUACCUCAGGAAGUUGGAGGCGGUGCAGUCUGAGGUCAAAGAUAGUAACGAGGCUCUGCGUUGUGCCCAGAAUGAGCUCAGUGAGAGGAGGCGUUUCCUGCAGGCUCUGGAGGUUGAACUGGACAGUCUAAGGAAGCAGGUCAGCGUGUUGGAGGGUAACCUGGCAGAAACGGGGCACAAGUAUUCAGUGGAGAUGGAUCGUCUUCAGGCCACACUGACUCAGCUGGAGGACGAGCUGUCUCAGCUGCGUUUGGACAUGCAACGCAACAAGACCGACUACGAACAGCUGCUGCGCAUUAAACAGAACCUGGAGAUGGAGAUCGCCACCUACAGGAGGCUGCUGGAGGGAGAGGAAAUGGUGAAAGAGACACCUCCACCUGUUAAAAAAGACCCAGAAAUAAGAACCAGGAAGAUCGUAAAAGUUGUUACCCAGACCAUGGUCAACGGGAAGGUGGUGGAUGAGUCCAGUGAGGUGGAGCAGAUUGAGGAGCACAAAAAAUGAGCCAAAGCAUUUGCAGGGAGGCAGUGACGUGUCUAAAACCAGAAGUGCCAGCUGUGUUUCAAAUCAGACAUCAAUCACCACAGCACCAUUUUUUCAAUGUUUCAGUUUCAUGUUAAUACAAUGCCUUUAACUUGCCAAAAAUAUACCACUAGUAGAGUUCAAUGGAAACUUGUCUUUCCUAGCAGCAUGAUAGAUUUCUGUAAGUCCAUGAAAUUGGAAGGAUUCAUUAGUACGAAGGGAAUUUUCUCUGAAAUGUUUGAAUAGUCUGUGGACAAACACAUCUUAACUUAAAAUCAACUUUGAAAACUAGCUUUUUAUGAGGUUUUUAACCUCACUGUAGAUUUAUUUUGUUCAGUCAAACUACUACGAAGAGAAGUCUAACACCACACUGAUCUGUAAGUUUAAUAUAACUCUUCAGCUAACAGCCAAUUAGCUUAGCUUAGCAUACAGAUGCUACAUACCAGCACCUCUAAUGCGCAUUUACAAACACUUUAGACUUGGUGUAUUUGUUUAAGUACAAUGAAUUAAGUAUUAAAAGGUCCCUGUGCUUUGCUGAGCUAACCAGCUGCUAGCUGUACUUUACAUUUAGCAGACAGACAUAAGGUGAGGUGAAUUAGAGUAUUUCUAAAUCUAUUCAAAAACGGUUUAAUUCUGACUGAAGGGAUAUUUUUGCAGGGUAGCGUGAUCAUUUCAAUAAAUGUGUAAAUGCCUUUUAGAAAAUGUCUUGAUCUUGCAGUAGUAUCUACUGUAUGUGAAUGUUGUUCUGUUAAAGACAUAAACAACUCAACCAAAGCAGAUGUACAGUGUCAAUAAAAAAAUGU